GCAAGGAUGACACAAAGAAGUCAGCAUGGAAGGGCUCAUUGUAAAGAAGCAUGCAUACGAACCACUGCGUUCAUGUACUUCCUUUACUGCUGAACAGGAAUCGCCUGUGGGAUUUGACAUCGGUCUGUGUGGCAGGGAACGCGAUUGCCCGCCAGAGGUGGCGCCACUGCGUGGCGUGGAGCUUUCUCUCGCAGUGGUUGAGUCACGCCACAGGACGGAGGCGCCACCAGACCAGUUGUGCAUUGGGUCUUGGUUUGUGAGGAACUUGAUGUUGCAUUUUAAGAUGACGAGUUUUGAUGCAGAUCAGUUUAUUAUUGAAGUAGAAAAGCGACCGUCGAUUUGGGACUCCAGGUGCGAUGGAUACAGCAAUAAAUUGACCAGAGGGGAGGCAUGGGAGGAGCUGUGUUGCAUUUUCGUGCCAGACUUCAAAGAUAUGGAUUCGCUGAGGAAAAAUAAAGCAGCCGUGGAUCUGCAGCGGAAGUGGAAGAGCUUCAGAGACUCCUUCAGAAGAGAGCUGGCGAAGGUCCGGAAAGCCAAGUCCACCUCAGCAGCUGAAACCGGAAGGAAGGAAUACAUGUACUUCAAACAGCUGUUCUUCUUGCUGCCGAUCUGCGAGGCGAAGCAGCAGCAGGAGGAGGAAGAGGAGGAGGAGAGGGUGUGGGGAAGGCCAGCCGAGGGGAGAAAUCCAGGAGAUGAGAGCCGGAUAUCCCCUCAUGCACGCCGGAAGAGGAAAUCGCCCCCUCCCGAGGACCAGCUUCUCCAGACUCCGACGAAAGCAGCGGGGAGGAGAUCCCGAGAACCUCGUCCUCCUGUGCACCCGAAGAGGAGGAAAGCGCACCCUUCUGAGGAGCAGCUUCUGGCCGCGCUAGCAAGGAGCGUGGGGAGGAAGGCGCGAGAAAGGGACCUCGACGAUCCAGACAGGCAUUUUUUGCUCAGUCUCCUGCCUCACUUCAGACGCCUCCCGGACGACGUGAAGUUGGAGGUCCAGGGCGAAUUCAUAAACACCCUCAAAAGGUUCAGGCGAGAGGCUGCCUUCGACAGUCGGCUCUCCCCUCCCACCCACUUCCUCCCCGGCCUUCCUCCACAGACUUUCCCUCUCAGUAAUGCGGGCCCAUCAUCGACCGAACCCCAACAGAACCUCGCUUCAGCCACGCAUUGUCCUCGUGCCAACCCCCAGCCUUCGAAGUCCGCGGGGGCUCCGGUCGCAUCGCAACCCCAGUCGACACGAACCCUCAGUCCCUCUCCCGAAUCACCAGCGGCUUCAGAAGUGGCAUCCCCGCGGUCGGAUGGCUCAAGUAUCUGUGAUGAUUAUUUCCCUCAUUAGAUCUACGAGAACAAGGUCGUUGCUACAUUUAUACGAAUGAAACUGUUAUCUGUGAAUAAAAUUUUAUACAGUAAUGAAA